CAGGGUAUAGCCGGUCAUUCACGGUUGAUCAGUUCCAUCCAGUAAAAACCGUAAACGCAAAAUGAAGCUGUUUGGUCCGGGUUAUUACCGGUUCGACAUUCUCGUUUUGUUAUUCUACCAACUCAACCACUUCUUUGGUGUACAACAACUAUUUCCGAUCUUCCUCAACUACACUCCAAAGACCGUCUGUGAAGGAAAUCGAUGUUUUGAAGUACCAAAGAGCAAGUGCGUAGAAUGUCCCGACUGCCCAGAUCUUUGCGCUAAUGCAACAACACCGGCUGCAAAGAAAGAAUGUGUCGACAAAUACUCAUUUGCAUACUUCAAAUCUGCAGCAAUGGAGUAUAGAACUCCAUGUAAACCUGGCUGGAAAAACUUCCGUCCUGCUUUCGCACAAUACUUUGGUGUACUGGUGGGUAAUCUGUUCUUGGGAUGGAUUGCUGAUACUAUCGGACGUCGCAAGACUUAUAUUCUAUCACUUGCCAUCGGUAUCCCAGCUUUGGCACUGUCUGCUGCUAUCAACAACAUUCCGCUGUUCUAUCUGCUCAGAAUGAUUACUGGUAUCGGCAUUGCUGGAACCCAGGUCGUGGGAUGGGCUUACUGCUCAGAGCUGAUUUCUCCACAUCAAAGAUUCAAGCUGAGAACGUUCAGUAACUGGGCUAACGGACGUAUUCUGUUGACGUUGGUAUGCCUGUUCGCGGGCGAAUGGCGUCUGUCAUCGUAUCUUUCGGCAGCGCUGUCAUGUAUCAAGCUGUGCAUCGUGCUAUUCGUUCUACCCGAAAGUCAUAUCUGGUUGAGGAAGAAGGGACGUUUCCAAGAAAGUGAGGAAAGUCGCAAACGUAUUGCAAAAAUGUCCGGCAUGGAAUUUGAGCCAAUGGCACCACCUGAAGAUAAAGGAGAAGUCAAGGAACCGGAAAAGAAAAUUAGCAUUGCUGACGUUUUCAAACAACCUCACUUGCGUAAAAAUCUGCUCGUUCUAUGGACUAUGUGGUUCACUGCUGGUUUGACUGCUUAUCUAACUGAUCUCUGCGGUGGCGAUAUGACGAAAAACUUCUGGGUUGGACAAUUCUUGUCCGGAAUUCUGCUUUCGGUCGUCAGAAUUGUUCUCGGUUUCGCUGACGGUUUUCUACCAUGGAUGGGCCGCCGCUUUGUGUUGUUGGCUGCACAAAGUCUUGCUAUUGGAUUCUUCGCAUGUGUAAUUGCGUUCUUGUAUAUGGGAGCUAAAGGCGAAGUUUACUACACUGGAGUAUAUCUGGCUGCUUUCGUUUUCACCUCGAUUGUUUGGGAGCCAUGCUAUCUGUGCGCUUCAGAACUUAUGCCCACCGACGUCCGUGCUACCAGUACCGCUUCAUGCUCCAUUAUUUCGCGUGUCGCGAAUAUUGGAGCAUCCAUGCUUAGCCAACUUAAAACUAUCUACGAGCCUGGUGUGCAUAUGAUCUCAAUGGCAUGUGGUCUCUUCAACGUCCUCGUAGCAUUCAUCUGGCUACAGGAGACCAAAAACUGCAACUUGGACAACGUCGGAAAAGCGCCAGAGCCCAAAGCUGAUGCUAAGGAGAUGGAAACGCUUCUACCUAAAGGAGGUGAAAAUGCGGCUGAUGGCACCAAUGCAAAAGCAGAAGAUGGUGAUAAACACUAAAGCAAAACGAUGGAAAGCGACAGCAACUAGCACAACACCGCCAGUCUUUCGCAAAACGCCCGCCGCGCAACUUUACGCUCCGCCCACACCAGUCGAUUGGGUUUCGUGUUUGUGUUCGUAUGCAAGAAUAAGCUUUACUUUCGCAUAGGUUUAGUAUUUCUCAACGAUAUUCAUACUAGUGGCUUCUUCGCACAGCAGUCUUUGUAGCUUACACAGUACUAACAGUAUCUGUACUCAGAAAGGACUCGUCUGAAAAGUUCGCCCAAUCUUAUCUUUUAUGUUUAUACUCUGCAUCCUGAGGUGUCUAAUUAUUUUGUGUGUGUUGUGGUUGUGGACGUUAUUUGUUCAACUUCAUAUUAGGCGAUUUCUGCGCACAUGUUUAUCGGAAACAUUUCCCGCCCUUUUUUGUGCUGCAGCCCAACUCUCUUUUAUACUUUUUGCGACGUUUCAUUGAUCGUUUUACCGCGUCUUGUCUUACGCCACAACGAAACGUCGGUGUAACCACUAUCAUUUCUAUUUUUUAUGUGUCCCUUCAAGUUUAUGUUCAUCGAUUAUAUCGAUUACUUAAUCAGAAUAGCUGUAGUUUCUAGUUUGGAGUUCGGAAAAUCUCUCGUGCCGCAUCUUUUGACAAUUUUCUGUCUCACUCUUGUUAUGAUCAAGUAUCCGAUGCAGUACAGGUCUUAAUAUAAGGUCGUGUGUGUGAUCUAGUGUGAAUUCUGAUUAGUCUCAAAUAAAAGGUAUCGAUUGC